CUGUGCGCUACACCACCGUUACACGCCGAGCCCCCACCCCACCGCACGCCUAUCCGCCGGCCAGCCGAAAACGUUCGCAGACAGACCGUCCGCCGUCGCUGUCGCGCGUCGCACACACACAACCGUUGCUGUCGAGCGGCGGCUCCCGCGCUCGUCCACCGCCACCGCGACCGGCAAGCGCGCGCGCGCGCUCGCUCGCUCGCCCCCGUCCGCGGGGCAGCAUCAUCGGAGCACCACCAGCGGGCGGGCAGGAACGUCAAGCCAGCAGCCGCCGCCGCCGCCGACCAACCAACCAACGACAGCGGUGUCGUCGUCGUCGUUGCCAUCGUCGUGUACGCUUCGCGCGCGCAGUGUCCCUCUGGCCGUCGUCGUCGUCGUUGUCCGCGUCGUCUUCGCGUCCGCGUCGUCGUUUCCGAAUUUUCGUCCGACCGACGUCGCGUGUGUCGUCGCGUGUGGCGGGCGCGCCGCCCGCUCGCUUAUCGCCCGUCCUCUACCGUGCAGCAGUCGAGUGCAGCCGGCCGACGACACUGACAACCUUUUUUCGCGCCGUGCCGCCGUCGACGCGCAGACAUGUGCUCGCGCCGCAGUGGUCUGUGCCGGUCCGAGAGUCUGCCGCUGCUGCUUACCGCCACGGUUGACGUCUGCAUCGGAUGCCCGGCUCGACGGUCUGACGUUCUGUUGUCCUGUUGAACAAGCGGACCAGGUUGUGUCGUCGUUACUCGGCGGUACUCCGUAUACCGUUGCGCAUACCAACACUCGAUAAGACCAACGGCCGUUUUUCCGUCCAAGCACGUAUUGUGUGGUGUGUAUACUAUAGACAGCGCUGCAGUGUACAGCGACGGCGGGUUGAUGACCAAUGCGCUGUGACGGAUUCGGCGGAAGGAGCUGGCCAUCGUCUGGCGGCGGUCCACGCUGAUGUCCGGCCGCAGAUGGGAUGGAGGCGGCGGCCGCGGGAUAGAGUCCGAGGAGGAGGAGGCCGGUGUCGGCCUCAUGUCCGGCGUGCACGUCGCCGUCCGUCACCGCCGGGACGUCGUUGUCGAGGAGGAGGAGGAGGAGUCGUCGUUCGGCGGCCGGGCGCCCGUUGGAUACGGUGGCGGCGGCGGCGGUUCAGGUGGCUGUGGCCGCGGUGGAAGUGGCGUUAGCGGCGGUGGUGGCGUCGGCAGCGGAAGUGGCGGCGGGUGUCCCGGGCCGUCGUCGUCGUCGUCCUCGUCCGCGUGCUGCCCCAACAACCGGACUUCCGGCGCCAAGCACGUGCUCGUUUGGAACCAACCGGAACUGGAAGAUCUGACGGCCGCGGACAACCACAACGGGUACAGUCACCGGCCCGUGCCGGCCAAAGCAUGGAUCGGCUCCCGUCACAUCGUUACGUUCAUGUUGUUCCUCGGUAUGGCCAAUGCUUACAUAAUGAGGACAAACAUGUCCGUGGCCAUAGUGGCCAUGGUCAACCAAACUGCUCUGGAAAGGGACCCGACAAUUCCGGACGACGAAUGCGAGGGCUACUACACGCCCGCCGCAAACACAACCGUACACAGCAUGUCCAACGAAGGAUCAUUCUUGUGGAGCACGUCCCAACAAGGCUAUGUGCUCAGUUCGUUCUUCUACGGUUACGUCAUAACGCAGAUACCGUUUGGGAUACUGUCGAAGAAGUAUGGCGCCAAGUAUUUCCUUGGCGUCGGCAUGCUCAUAAAUUCGGUGUUCGGCUUCUUGGUGCCGUUGUCUGCCAACUUUGGCAUUUUUUCCCUGAUCUCCAUACGUUUCAUUCAGGGGCUCGGAGAAGGUCCCAUAGUUCCUUGUACUCACGCCUUGCUUGCAAAAUGGAUUCCUCCGAACGAGAGGAGCCGAAUGGGAGCAUUCGUUUAUGCAGGGGCGCAAUUCGGCACAGUGAUUUCAAUGCCACUGAGUGGCGUGCUCUCGGAGUACGGGUUUGCCGGAGGAUGGCCAUCGAUAUUCUACGUUUUCGGUGCAAUCGGCACCCUGUGGUCCGUCGCAUUUUUGUGGCUCGUGCACGAGGACCCCGAAUCUCACCCCACCAUACCGCACGACGAGAGGAAAUACAUUAUUAGUUCCGUUUGGGGAGCUGCCGGUGUGUCCUCUCCCCCCGUGCCGUGGAGAAGCAUAUUAAAGUCGGCUCCGUUCUGGGCCAUAUUGGUCGCUCACAUGGGUCAAAAUUACGGAUACGAAACGCUCAUGACCGAGCUGCCGACUUUCAUGAAACAAGUGUUGCACUUCAAUAUAAAAGCUAACGGAACGUACUCAUCACUGCCGUACCUCGCCAUGUGGGUGUUCUCAAUGGUGGCCAGCCAUAUAGCCGACAUGAUGAUCUCCUCGGAGAGGUUCACGCACACUGUCACGCGCAAAAUCGUCAACUCUAUCGGUCAAUUUGGUCCAGCGAUAGCGCUGAUCGCCGCGUCCUACACGGGCUGCGACCCGUACCUGACUGUGGCUAUACUGACCGUAGGUGUGGGUCUCAACGGCGCCAUUUACUCGGGAUUCAAAGUCAACCAUCUGGACAUAUCGCCGCGGUUCGCCGGAAUAUUGAUGAGCCUGACCAAUUGUCUGGCCAACUUGGCCGGUCUGCUGGCCCCGAUCGUCGCCGGCUACGUUAUUGACAAAAGGCCUACCCAGGCAGCCUGGAGAGUGGUGUUCAUAACGUCGGCGGUCGUGUACAUGGUGUGCUGUACGAUUUACCUGGUGUUCGGCAACGGCACCCGUCAGCCAUGGGACAAUCCGUCCAACGACCAAAUGAACUUGGAGCACAAGAAAAACAAGAAGAAGAACAAGAUGGCCAUGGACAUCGAGGACACCGUUCAGUGAACGGAGACUCCAACGUCGUACCCCCACCCACCCCGCCCACCAUGUCAGUCCAUAUACCCGACGACCCUUGCCUCCCGGUCAUCCCCCUCUCAAUCAAUCAUCCUACCGCCACCAUCCCGCUAAAUCAUCAACCACCCAACCCCAUGCCACUGCAAAAUUGCGCGAGUAUCACCCCUAUCAUAUGUAUGCAUAUUAUAUUCCCAGCUACAUAUACGCUGGUGCGUUUUUGUGUAAAAGUUUAUAAGGAAAGUCUGUAACAAGCACGACGAAUACGAUGUGCGUAUUACGCGUACCUAUGUAUGUGUAUGUGUAAAAGUGAAUAUUGUGUGUAGGUUAAUAAAACAAAAAGUAAAGCACGUCUGUGAAAUGGUUUGAAAUAUAAAAAAAAUGGAUAAUUCUUCGUAACGGUAUAUUAUAAUAUAAUAUAAUAUUGUUGAUAAAUGUAUACACACUUUAUUUAUUAUUUUGUUUUAAAAAAACUUAAUUUUUUUAGAUUUACAUUAAACUUACUCGGGUGUCGAAUCUUGACACCAUAGAAAGCACAUUCUAUUAAUUAUAUUUAUAAUUAUAUUUUUUUAUAAUAAUUAUUAAUGAAUAAUAAUAAAAAAAGUCGAUGUUAGAUCAUUAUUGUCUAUUUUUAAAAAUAAAACUUAUUUAAUUGAUAAAUUAUGAAAAUAAGUUGAAUUUUUCGUUCUAUAUAUGACUAUUUAGCUUUUUAAUAAAAAAUUAAAAAUAUAUAUGAAAAAUUGUGAUAUUGUUAGAAGUAUAUUGUUGCUCCGGAAAAGUACAUAGCCUGAUGUGUUCUUGAUUUUCUCAAAAUUUAUGUCUUCCCCAUUUAAAAACAUUAAUUAUUCCCUCUCAAUUUUCCGAUCAUAAUAUUUCGAUAGAUUGUAAGAAAAAACGAGUAAACGCAAUAAGAUUAAAAUAUAUAUGAUUAAUUAUGUAAAUUAAAAAAGAGAAAAACCAAAAAAAACAUAAUUUGAUUAUUAUUACAUGAUCUUGUGUUCCUUCGACUAGCUCAAUAUAUUCGUUGUUUUAGACAUGCAUGUUUUUAAAAAAGAUGUGCAAAAUGUAACUAAAAAAUUAAAAUAAUCUUAAGCAAUAAAUAAAAUAGGUCAUAAUAUUUUGUUUCUCUGUAGGUGACAUUUUUUGAGAGCGUGUACGGUGAACUGGGCAUUUCACGAAAGGGGAAAUUAUGCAAACAUUUCUCAUUAAUUUCUUUCACAUUUUGUCAGUAUUUUUUUUUUCACAUAUAUAUUAUAAAAUUAUUAAUUAUAUUAUUAUCACUGCAUAAUUUUUUUCCAAUGUGAUAGUUAUUAUAUUUAUUAAAUUAUUCGUUAAAAGAUUUAUUAUAUAGUAAUAAAGUUAAAUUUUAUGUUUAAGCGUCUGUUUCUGGAUUAUAUAUAUUAUUGUUGUAUUCAAGUUUAGGAUUUGUCGUUUAGUGAGAAUGAUAAUAUUACUGUUACAAAUAAUAAUAAUUAUAAUACAAAUUUUUAAUUAAAAAAAAUAUGUUAUAAUAGUUAUUUAUUAGAAAUCCAUUAAAAACGACUCUUUGUACCAUAUAAAUGUUAUAGGAUAAUAUAUAUUUAUAUAUUAUAAUAUAUAGAGAGAAUAUUUAAAAAAAAUGUAUCAAAUUUUUUUCCAAAUUACUAUUAUAGUUGAGCCAAUAAGUUACCAAAAAAAAAAAAAAAAAACUCAAAAAACAGUAUAUGACGAUAAAUUUAUCUUAAAUCACUGCUCUAUCAAAAUAAAAAAAAACUAUCAAACAUAAUAUAUUAUAUAUAUUUAUUUAUAAUAUAUAUGGCUCAUUAUUUAGUAGAUAGUUUAUUAUUAUCUUAACGUUAUGUUAAUUUGUUUUUACCUUAUCCUUCUAUUUAACAGGGUAAUAGUAUUAUUUAAAUUUAGACCUAAAAUAUUAUAUAGUACCUAACUUAAGUUCAUAUCAUUGUCUGAUGAUAAUGAUUAUAUUAUUAUUAUUAUUAUUAUUAUUAUUAUUAUUAUUAUUAUUAUUAUUACGUAGGAUAUUUAUUUGUUUAAUUUAAUUAAUUUAUUAUUAUUUUUUUUUACCUUUAAUUUGUAUUUUUUCGCACGUUACUUAAGCACAGUUAAUGUUUAUCACUGACUUUCAAAUUUUACUUAUUACUAGCAAGUACAUGAUUAUUUUUUUAACCCUUGUAUAUUGAAAAUGUUCGAUGACGACCAAAAAAAUGUUGUCUCCCCGACCAAGUCUAUCGAUAUUAUACAAUAUACUACAUUAAGGUGAAACCAUCGAUUCGCACACGUACCGCUUACUAAUUAAUAUCGUUCAUACAAUUCGGACGAGGUCCAUUUAGGGGAUGAUUAUUUCGGAGAGGAGAGAACCCCAGUCGUUAAUUCAAACAAUAACAGAUAAACAAACAAAAUACAAGGGUUAAAGGAAUUACCUAAUUAUUUAUUCAAUUAAUGUAUUUUAAAAAGAAGCGCGACCCAAUUUCAAUGAACCAUUUAUUAAUCCGAGACCACUCACGUGCGAUUCUGUAUCGUACGUUUUACUGUACUUAUAUUGAUAUAAAAUAAAAACAAAAUUAAAUGACUGUUCAUUAGUGGAAAUUAUGUGUUUAUUAUUGUUUAGGUUGUCAAUUAUUAUUCUAGAAAUAAAUACAUGAGUUGUCAAUAACUGUUA